AUGCAGACAAAGAAGACGAGCCGACGAAUCCUUUUGGUUGUAUUCGCCGUAGCAAUAUUCCCCACUGUGCGAGGUUAGUAAAGCAAUUAACGGGAAAUUUAGGUAACCCAGAUGAAAACUCUCUACUAUAAAGCGCGCGCCGAGCCCUGUACAUUCAAAUAAUGAGAUAUGCAAAAUGCUUUUGGAAAUUAAAAAUUCAGGUGUAACAGGGAUAUAAACUCAGUACAAUACAGCCGCUUUAUUUUUAUCACCACAGCCGCGUUAGGUCCUCUUUCAGUGGCUGGUAGCCCUGUUCAGGUUACGUUUUUGAGAAUUUGCGUUUACUUUUAAGUGGUUAAUGCGUAAGGUUAAAAUACCAAUGACGGAAACAAAAGCAACGCGCUAUCAUUUAAUUUUCCGUCCGUGUUGUCAUAAUAACAAAACUACAUAGACAAGUUCUACUUGUAAAUGACCCGCAAAACAACCACCGUGGCGUUUGUGAAAGACCAGUUAAGUGUUAAUACUACACCUGUCGCAAUUCUCAUUCCUUUCACUGCCCCUCGCGUAAAAUAUGAUGUGUAUUUUUUGCUCUCUAUACCCGCUUUUUGAACAUAAACUUUCCGAAAAACUAGCUAAUGCUCGUUGCCUUUUAAAGGGAGCGACAGAUAAAAAAAGAAAACUUUUUCGUAAAAGUUAUCACCAUCAAAUAUGUAUGUUUUUUUGAUCAGGUAAACUAGUCGUACGGUUUGCUUUUCCGUAAAUUCAUACGUUCAUUCGUAAACCUAAGACAAGGAAGAAAAAUAUCUCAGUAUUUUACGUAAAUUCCUGAUCAUAACCCAUAUCAUUUGCUAAUGUUUACUCGAGCUUAAAAUUUGUCCUCCUAGAGAAAUAUUAACCUUUUGUGUCGACGCAGACUAGAGAGAUAAAGGACAAAAUAGAAAAUAGAUGCUAAUUUCUUUAAGAUGCAGGAAAUAAACAGAUAUAAAACUCGGACUUGUUUCUUGUCCAUAUUGGUCGUUUUGUGUUUAUACGCGUGCCUUUUAUUUAAAGUCAAUAAUACUUAUAUUGGUCUUGUUAAAGUUUGCAAGAGUUAUACUCUUUUAUUAAUUAAGGAUCCUCGACUCGGCAAACAUUACUUUUAUCUAUUAAAAUUCUGGUGGGCAAUGGCUUUGUUUGUACUGCAAUGAAAAAGAAACUUUCUUUUAUUUAGUUUGUUUCCAGGGCCUCGGGGAGUGUCGUAUACCCACGCCGGAUAGUCUGUCCUUUCGAUAAAGUUUUUAGGAGACCAUACCGAUGUUUUUCACUCACCUUAAAAGUGAUUUUAUCCUUGUCCGAUCGCUACAGCAUUUUCACCAGUGAUUGUUGACUAUGAAUUGAAGUUUGUCAAAAAGCAGUUUUUGGUAAAAUCGAUAUCACUAUGACAACAAUAAACAAAAAAAACUUUGAAAUCGAAAAAAACCCGAAUUUUGCGCGAUACCUGCUACUUAAAAUCCGACACCAAGAACUUAAAGUGUGGUGUUUAGCAAAUAACCUCCGUGAGAAGUAAAAAAUUCUGAAUGUUUGAAUUCAAAUAAAUAAAAUAAAUAAAUAAAUAAAUAACGAUUUGCAGGUAGAACAUCCACAAAGUGGUUCUUCGUCUACCUGAUUCCUGGUCGAAUUGGAAUUUGGAAAUGUUGGUUUUUUGAGGAGAGGGGAAAACCGGAGUACCCGGAGAAAAACCUCUCGGAGCAAGGGAGGGAACCAACAAGAACAAAAAAAAUAAAACGAAAGUAUAAAGGUAUUUCACAUGACCUUAUGUUUUCUUUAACAUUUUUAGCACGAUUUUUAUGCUUCUGUAAUUCACCUUCGUGCCCACAAGCAGUCUGCGAAUCAAGUCAGCGGUGUUUCACCAAACUACGCAAAGAAGCCAAGGAUGAUGGAAACGUUUCGUCGAGUAUUUUGUACGGAUGCAGCGAGGAGUUGAACUCAAGUGACGUCUGCACAGAGUCUUCCUUUACGUUGUGCUGUGAUAGACAGCUCUGUAAUAUGCCAAACAUGUUAAGAAGUAAGUGUUUCUAUAAGAAAGAUGUUUUUUUUUUCCAGUCGGUAACACAGGUGACUCGAGUACUCCAAACUGAAGUCGUACCUAUGACCUCUAGGUAACUAGUCCAGAUGCUCUACCAGUCCACUUAGCUACAAGAAUCUAGUGGGAGCGGAGGCCACUAAACUAGUUUCAUGUGACAAACAUCCUGCAUACUGCUAGGACUGGAAUGUCGAUAAGUAUUUCGAAUAAAGAAACGUUUAACGAAGGAACUACGAAACAAACCAGAACAAAACUAAAGAUUUUUUGUUGAGUUGAUUUGCCAGACAAAUGAUGGCACAACGACAUAAGGACAGUAAUUCAAGCUCGUCAUUUUUCAGUAAACUGAAUUAAUUAUUUUGCAAAAGGGAAAAAAACAGCCUUCAUAUAAAUGUAAAUGUGGUUUGCGAAUUUAUGGGAACUUUUUCUUUCCUCAAAAACAUCAAAACAUGCUUGUUUUCUCCUUCUUAAAAUAUUUGAAGUAGAAUUUGUGGGCGUCUUAUUUGUUGCUUAACAAUUUUUUCGAAAUUUUAUUUCAGAAGUAACAAACUUCCAUCAAAGAAGAUAUGCCUUGCAUACUACGCAAUCCCCAAAGGUCAACAAAAAUGUAUCGUGUGCGUGUUCAUCUUCUUCGCCUGCAAUGCGUGUGGCCAGCGUGGCAGCGCCGAGCUUGUUGAUUUUAACUGUUGUCCUUUUGUCAUUAGCAAUGUGUCGUAAAAUGUCUCAUUACCAGAGAAAGAAAAAUGCGCAGAUGAAAAGCAAUGUAAAGUUAAAAGACAGGGAAAUCUCUGAGGACUUGGAUAUCCCACAAUUCGUUGCAACGCGAAGCACAAGUAUGAGUUCAUCUGAGUACAAAGAAUUAGUUUCCAAUCCUUACAGCGUUUAAGGAGAGUGGGGGAGGCCUGGACUGAUAUUAUCUAUUAAGGAAAUUUAUUGCAUAAACUGGGAAAUCAUACGUAUAACGAAAAGAAAGUAUUCAGUCAGCUCAUUUAGGAGGUCUACAGAAAAUUCACUUUGUUUUGACCUUUACCUGCAAUAGAUUUUAAUUUUAUUUUUAUUUAGUUUCGCCAACAAAGGGCUAAGUCAAUAAUGGAAAAAAAUCAAUUUAGCUUUCAGGGAAAUUGACCACCUACCCCUCCCCUAGUCAGCAUUAACCCUUACAUCUAACUUAUUUCAAGGCAAAAUGUUGCCUUAGGGGAGGGGUCGGAGGUCAGUUUCGAUCCCAGAAACCUAAAUUACCUAGAAAACUCUCUUUCACGUGAAAAGUUUUCCAGUUGGCCUUAAUUUGAAAAGGAAGGUUUUUUGGAAAUCGGCAAUGGCCUAUAUGAAGGAUAAAGCUAUCGCCUUGGUUAAUCUCCACUUAAAAAUCGUAUGUUUUUUUUUCCAGUCGGUAACACAGGUGACUCGAGUACUCCAAACUGAAGUCGUACCUAUGACCUCUAGGUAACUAGUCCAGAUGCUCUACCAGUCCACUUAGCUACAAGAUUCUAGUGGGAGCGGAGGCCACUAAACUAGUUUCAUGUGACAAACUGAUCCUGCAUACUGCUAGGACUGGAAUGUCGAUAAGUAUUUCGAAUAAAGAAACGUUUAACGAAGGAACUACGAAACAAACCAGAACAAAACUAAAGAUUUUUGUUGAGAUGAUUUGCCAGACGAAUGAUGGCACAACGACAUAAGGACAGUAAUUCAAGCUCGUCAUUUUUCAGUAAACUAAAUUAAUUAUUUUGCAAAAGGGAAAAAAACAGCCUUCAUAUAAAUGUAAAUGUGGUUUGCGAAUUUAUGGGAACUUUUUCUUUCCUCAAAAACAACAAAACAUGCUUGUUUUCUCCUUCUUAAAGUAUUUGAAGUAGAAUUUGUGGGCGUCUUAUUUGUUGCUUAACAAUUUUUUCGAAAUUUUAUUUCAGAAGUAACAAACUUCCAUCAAAGAAGAUAUGCCUUGCAUACUGCGCAAGCCCCAAAGGUCAACAAAAAUGUAUCGUGUGCGUGUUCAUCUUCUUCGCCUGCAAUGCGUGUGGCCAGCGUAGCAGCACCGAGCGUGUUGAUUUUAACUGUUGUCCUUUUGUCAUUAGCAAUGUGUCGUAAAAUGUCUCAUUACCAGAGGAAGAAAAAUGCGCAGAUGAAAAGCAAUUUAAAGUUAAAAGACAGGGGAAGCUCCGAGGACUUGGAUAACCCACAAUUCGUUGCAACGCGAAGCACAAGUAUGAGUUCAUCUGAGUACAAAGAAUUAGUUUCCAAUCCUUAUAGCGUUUAAGGAGAGUGGGGAAGGCCUGGACUGACAUUAUCUAUUAGGGAAAUUUAUUGCAUUAAACUGGGAAAUCAUACGUAUAACGAAAAGAAAGUAUUCAGUCAGCUCAUUUACGAGGUCUACAGAAAAGUCACUUUGUUUUGACCUUUACCUGCAAUAGAUUUUAAUUUUAUUUUUAUUUAGUUUUCGCCAACAAAGGGCUAAGUCAAUAAUGGAAAAAAAUCAAUUUAGCUUUCAGGGAAAUUGACCACCUACCUCUCCCCUAGUCAACAUUAACCCAUACGUCUAACUUAUUUCAAGGCAAAAUGUUGCCUUAGGGGAGGGGUCGGAGGUCAGUUUCGAUCCCAGAAACCUAAAUUACCUAAAAAACUCUCUUUCACGUGAAAAGUUUUCCAGUUGGCCUUAAUUUGAAAAGGAAGGUUUUUUGGAAAUCGGCAAUGGCCUAUAUGAAGGAUAAAGCUAUCGCCUUGGUUAAUCUCCACUUAAAAAUCGUAUGUCAUUCGUGCAGAUAAAUUGCUUCUAAUACAACUCAGCAACAAGGAGUUGGAAAUUAUCAGAACAAAUUUCGUCCAAAUAUGCUCUAUAAAGGACGCUAAAUAAGUAAAAGAGCUCACAACAAUAAGUGACAAAUCAUUCAACACCCUUAGCAUGCGAACUGGUAACAGUGACGGUAGGUGGUAGAAAAUGGUCACAUUAUUUCUUAAUUUCUUAGUCCGCCUUUUGAUAUAUAAUGGUAAUAGGACUGAGUGGAGUCCAAUUCCGACCCAAUUAGACGACACGAAAUUCUGUUACCAAUUAAUCAUAACUAUAACAAAUUUUGUGAUAUAUUAGGCUUUUUAAAUCCAAACACAAGAAAUUCCGAGAUUUUUCUCGUUGGCAGUGAAAAAAAGCCAUUUAAGUGCGAGCGUGUGAUGGCGCGUACUGUCCAAUUACUUACUAGGCUUGACGUGUAAUGUCCUAUUAUACUGUCCUAUUAGUGCUGAAAUCAGGGCAGUUGAUAGCCAAUCAGAUCUGAGAAAUUUUUGAUAGUUAUGAUUAACACUCAGAAUUUGUACGACUGAGGAGUAAACGCUCUACUUAGGAUAAAUAAAUGUGGUAUCUAAUAUUUGCCCGUAUGGUAUCGUUGCUUGAUAAAACAAAAGGUUGUGAUAAUGUACGAAAGUGGACCAGCAGAUCUAGGCUGAUAAAUGCCUUGAUAAUUACACAAUUUCUCCUCACUAGUGCCAUGAGAAGUGUAAGGGGAUCAGUUAAGAGAAUAUACAUAUUGAUUACAUGGCUAUAGGUAAAGAGUAACUCAACAGCAGCUUCAUUAAACAAUGUUGGCCGUAGUCUUAAAAAGGGUACACUUGUGCUUACUUUUAUAGGUUUAAGGUGUAUUAAAAGGCAAACUAGGUCAAACCAUUUAUUCUAUUAACAAAUUGAUUAUUUGAAAAAAAAAAGCAAUUUGUCAUUGCCGAGAUCAGAUUCACUUCUGCAUACCUAAAUGCGUACUUUCUCUCACCUCAAAUUUCUUGAAUUUCGGCUAUAAAUAAGAAUCUGCAAACACACUAAUCUCCUAAUUGACCGAAUAAUGAAAAGUUGUAGCUUUAACAAUGUCAACUGCUCAUCUGAUUCGAGAAAGGAAUUGAGGCGAAUGCAGAUUUGAAUUUUAUAGCAGCGGCAACGGCAAAUGGAUACAAGUUUCUAUCGCUUAAUAUUAAAUACUAAGAAUAGAAAUAGUAAUAGUAAUUAUUAUUAUUAUUAUUAUUAUUAUUAUUAUUAUUACUUUUGCGUAUUUAAAUGUAAAUUUCUUUAGGUUGUAAAUGAAGUGAGAAAGGUCAGUAUAGUUAAUAUUUAUAUCCUAUAUACAGAAGAUGUACAUACUCACGUGCGUAUUAUGUACUUACAUAGAAGGCUAUUUAAUUCAGUGAACAGUCAGUCAAUUAUUCAGUAAAGCAAACUAAAGAGACUAAUUAACAAUUAUUCAACUAGAGGUAAUCACUGAUUACGGAUCCGCGUUCGUCACUUACGGAAACGAAAUGGAGUUGAAAGAAGUCCAGUUUCGCGGCCAAGAUGCCCCUGAUAAAAUCAGUAGGGGCGGUUAAUCGGCAGUCGCUCCCGAUACCUCGAAACUUUUUGGCCUUGUACCACAGGAACGCCAAGAUUAGGAUGCGUUCUGACGAACGCGAUGAGGCUGAGUAUGAUGUGAAGAAUUAUGUAGAUCGACGAGAAUCAUUUCAUGAUCUCAGUCCACCAAGGCUGAAGGCCGAGGAGGAUAAAAUCCUCCGAGAU